GUGAAAAAAAAUUCAAAAACUCGAUCUUUAGCGUCUUGCCUCCUUCCGCCCUCUCUUGUUUUCUCUCCCGCUUCGUCUCCGAAUAUCCUGAGCAUCCCUCUUCAUUCCCCGUCCCCAUCUCGCCGCCUUCUCGAUCCCAUCCUUCCAAAUAAAAAUGACACCCAAACCCAAAACCCUAACCCUAACCCUAACCCUCGAACGAACAAAAGAUCAAGAGAGAGAUGGAGAGUCUCAGCAGCUCGAGAGACGCAAACAUGGUGAUUGUGGCCCUGGAUGCGACGAGGGAGCGGACCAAGGACGAGCUCCGACUCACGAUGAACGGGAUCAGGAUGCGAGGCGACAUUCUCAGAGGCGGCAGCUCGGUGCACGUUUUUGGAGUACUUCACACCGUUAAUAACCCUAUGGGGUACCCCAUGAAGGCAACCACAGAUUCCUUUGUUGGAACUAGUUCUCGGUUAUUGGAGGAAGAAGUCUUGAAGAAAAUUGAUAUGUACGAAAGCAUGCUUGUAGAAAUAGCUAGAAGCUGCAGAGAGGAAAGGGUGAGCAUGAAUGUCAAAAUUACUGCCGGCACACCAACCAAACAAGUCAUUCUGCAAGAGGUUAUGUCUAGUAAAGCUGCUUGGCUUAUACUUGAUAGGCACUUAAGGAAGGAUUUGAAGUUCUAUCUGGAUCAUAUACCCUGUAAGGUUGCAUUAAUCCAAGAUAGCCUGUCUUUCGAAAUACGGAAGCCAUUUCUGACUAAUGCAGCAAAAAAAGCUGUCUCAGAACAGAAAUUCAUUUGUUCCAUGGGAAGGCCUGUUCUACCCAAUCUGAAUGCACAGGAGGCUGGAAAUGAGCAGUCUAUUAUUUCAUGUGGAAGUUACAUUGCUGGUUCUUUUAAUAGCGUUGAUGUCCACAAGUAUAGCACGUCAAUCUCAUCCAGCUAUAAAUCUAAAGAACCUGAUAUUGGGGCACAUGAGGAGACUGAAUCUUCAUCUAAGCAAUAUAGAAAGUAUUCAAGAGGAGAUCAGAAGACUCUUUCUGGUCCUAAGGUUGCACGUAAUCAACAUAGCACAGUGUUCCAGUAUGACUCAUUGGAAAAGCCAAUUCUGUGUGCGCUUUGUGGACUGAGGUCUGUACUUUAUAUCAAGGAUUCUAUGAGAUUUCAAUAUUCGGAAAUUCAACAUGCAACAGCUAAUUUCUCGAAUGAGAAUUUCUUGGGAGAAGGUGGUUUUGGCCAUGUGUAUAAAGGAAAACUUCAAGAUGGGCAGAUAGUUGCUGCGAAGGUACGGAAAGAAGCAAGUACUCAAGGGUAUUCUGAAUUUUUUUCCGAAGUGCAUGUCCUGAGCUUUGCACGGCACAGAAAUAUAGUGAUGCUGAUGGGUUAUUGCUGCAAGGAGAACCAUAACAUUUUAGUGUAUGAGUACAUAUGCAACAAAUCUCUGGAAUGGCAUUUAUUCAGUGAAUCUGCCGAUCUACUUGAAUGGCACAACAGACGUGCAAUUGCUAUUGGAAUAGCAAAAGGACUGCGCUUUUUACAUGAAGAGUGUCGUGGUGGUCCAAUUAUUCAUCGAGAUCUGCGGCCAAGCAAUAUCUUAUUAACUCAUGACUUUGUCCCCAUGCUUGCGGACUUCGGCCUUGCAAAAUGGAAGUCUGGAAAUGAAUCUUUUCACACAAGAGUUCUGGGCACAUCAGGAUAUCUUGCUCCUGAGUAUGCUGAAUAUGGAAUUGUCUCUGUAAGGACAGAUGUUUAUGCAUUUGGAAUAGUUCUUUUUCAACUGAUAUCAGGGGGAAUGGUACGAGAUGAAAAUCGACGAGAGUGCCAACAUAUACUGCAGUGGGCAGAACCACUUGUUGAAAGGCUUGCACUUCAUGAACUUAUUGAUCCUCGCCUUGGAGAAGCUUAUGACACGUAUGAGUUGUACCAUUUGGCUAGAGCAGCAUUCCUUUGUGUUAGGAGAGACCCUGAAAUGCGACCAGCCAUGGGGGAGGUCCUCCGCCUUCUUGAAGUGGAUAACGCCCAUGCUCGCGAAUUAGCUUCACAGUUCAUUCCUCAUUUUACGAAGUGAUGUAGGCAGCUGGCACCCUCCACUGUUGCCUUGAACUUUACAUCCGUUAUUUUGUUUGGAGGUUUAGUUUCUUUUUUUCCUUUUCUUUUUCUCUGUUUCCCGCAGUUGUACUCCUCAUGCCACAUUUGUAUGUGCAUUAUCUAUUUGAAAAAUCUUUCUAUUAUCCUAGCA